CAUUCUCCUCGGUGAUUGGUUGCAAGUACGUCAAUUGGUUUAAUUCGAAAACCACAGCCAAACAUAACCUCAAAGGCGAAUUUCAAAUUUCGACCGAAAUUCCAAAACUAUGAAAACGGCAACAUCCACGUGCAUUAACGUGGAUAAUUACAGAAAAUUGGUGAAAACUUAUCUCGAUUUGCAUGCCUACCAAGCGGCGUUAUUUUGGGCCGAUAAAGUGGUUACUUUGACCAAUAACCCCCGAGAUGUGUACUGGUUGGCCCAAUGCAUGUUUCUGUUGAAGCAGUACCACAGGGCUUCGCAUUUAUUGAGGUCUCGAAAUUUGGAUAAAAGUUACAUUUUGUGCAAUUGUCUGACUGUGAAAUGUUUGUUGGAAGCUAAUGAGUUGAAUGAGGCCAAACAAGUGAUUGAUUCGCUUGAUUUGGAUUUAUUAGUACAUACUACGAGUGUUUCUGCACAGUUUCCUUUGGCGGCGGAGUCGAUGCUGUUUGAUGAUACGCCGAAAAAUCAAGUUUUUGCCUCCGUGUUCCUGUUGAAAGGCAAGCUUCUGGAAAGUAUGGAUAAUCGGGGGCCUGCAGCUGAGUGUUACAAGCAGGCGUUACAGUAUGAUGUGUAUUGUUAUGAAGCGUUUGAUUCUUUAAUUAAGUACCAAAUGUUGACAGCGAGCGAAGAAAAAGAUCUGCUGAGUUCUUUGCCUCUUAAUCAACAAUGUAACAGUGAAGAGGCCGAAAUUGUACUCACUUUGUACGAAAGCAAGUUGAAGAAGUAUCACACACCGGUGGCUGAUCCCAAUUUGGGUAAUAAAAUUCCACCGGAAGUUCUUUCAUUGCAUGUAUCGUCGCUACCAAAUACUCCAAAUGUGGUGGUCACACCAACCUCACUAAGUACUCCGAAUGUUGUAGCCAGAAACAACGACAAAAAUUUAAUUAUGAAUGAAAUAAAAGCGGAGCAAAUGCACAUGGAAGGGUGUGAUAAAAUCAUUCUAUUAAAAUUAAAGGGUAGUUUAGAUUUACAGGUGGCUGACGCCGAAAGACUUUACUACAACUGUGAUUAUCAACAAUGCAUUGAAUUAACAGAAGCCAUUUUGAAAGAGGACCCAUUUCAUAGUGGUUGUUUACCUGUACAUGUAGCAUGCCAAGUGGAGCUUAAACAAAGCAAUAAAUUGUUUUCACUGGCUCACAAUUUAGUCGAUUUAUACCCAACAAUGGCAGUUUCAUGGUUUGCAGUAGGUUGUUACUAUUACAUAAUCGGUAAAAGCGACUUCGCUAGACGCUAUCUUGCCAAAGCUACUUCUUUAGACCGACUUUUUGGUCCGGCUUGGUUAGCUUAUGGUCACUCUUUUGCUAUAGAAAACGAACAUGAUCAAGCAAUGGCAGCUUACUUUAAAGCGUCUCAAUUGAUGAAAGGUUGCCACUUGCCCCUUCUCUACAUAGGUUUAGAGUGUGGUCUCACCAACAAUACCGAACUAGCGGAAAAAUUUUUCAAACAGGCACAAAAUAUAGCCCCCGAUGACCCUUUCGUCAUGCACGAAAUGGGUGUUAUAGCGUUCCAAAACAUGAAUUACAAAAUGGCCGAAAAACACUUCCGUGACGCUUUAGACCGCAUUAGGAGAGUCAAGUCUGAUUUAAUCCCCAAACGAUGGGAGUCUUUGUUGAAUAAUUUAGGCCACACGUGUCGUAAACUUGAAAAGUAUGAUGAAGCUUUGGAGUUUCACCACCAGGCGCUGCUGCUGUCACCGCAGUCCCCUAGCACGUACUCAGCUAUCGCCUUUACCCACGCUUUGAUCGGGCACACGGAAGAGGCGGCAGAUUGGUUUCAUAAAGCUUUAGGGCUGAAGAAUGAUGAUUCGUUUUGUACGACGAUGCUGAACUAUGUGAUCGAGCAAUUAGCUGAAGAGCAGCCCCCUUAUCCAGGUGCCCCUGAUCAUAUACCGAAGUUCGACAUAGAACCGAAAAUUUUGGGGAACGGGGAACCGUCUGGGAUUACCCAGUCACCGUCGAUGGGCGCUAGCGACAUGAGUAUGACCAUAGAGAUUGAUAUGGCGGAUGCGAGUGGAAUGAUUAGAGAAGAGUUGUAAAUGAUUAUAUUUUUGGUUAAGAAUAAAGUUUAUAAUUAAUUGGG